CCCCUCGUCACCUUCUCUUCCCCGCUCUCUCUUUUUCCUCCUUUUCUCAUAAUUGUUUUCACAGAGUUCUUCACAAAAAAUAUGAGAGAUUCGUGGGUCAUUUAACAAAAAAAAAAAUUCCUACAUUUUAAAAUCUUUAAACUGUUGGAUUAACAUUUUAUGGCGGAAUGUACGCCACGAAAAAAAUGGGAUCUGAAAGCAUCCGUUAGACGGAAAGGGUUCGCGGAUAAUUUUCCAAGGGAUUUGGGUCUGCCAGAUUUCUUUCCCUGCUGAAAUGAAAGAAAGCCUGCCAAUACUUAAAUCGUGAUCUGACCAUAUAUUAUUCUUAUUCUCCAUCUCAUCGAUGAUUCAUCUUUGCAUCUUAAACAUGCAGCCAUUCCAAAAAGAACGUUAAUGCGAUAAUGGUAAAAGAUUUCAUUUUCCAGAAAGAAAGUUCAUAGCAAUAAUCUAUGUUUUUGUCUGAAAUCAAGAAAUUUUAAGCAAGAUCUCGUCAUUAAAACUUUUUGUAACUAUUUAUUAGUUUCUCUUUAUCCCUCUACUGGGCGCAUAAACUUCCCAUAAAAUCGAAAAUUUCUCCCCUUUUUUUUUUCAGAGUUAUUGAUUACUUGCAGGGGAAUACAUGUAGAUCUUUUCAUUCUCGCAAGCAAAGUCUCUGUGGAUUUUAUUAUUAAAUAUUUUUUCUACAUUUCUUUGCAACUUCUAUCACAUAUUUUAUAGGGGACCAAAAGCGUAUAAGCCACAGUAUAGUCUACAUGAAAUGACCAUUUGAUAAGAAAAAUAUGAAUAUAUAUAAUAACUUAUAUUUGCUGAUAAUGAUAUUCCACUUGCUGAAUCUUUGUUUGCCACUGCGGAGUUAGAGCCAAAUCAUACAGAGAAUGUCCCGCCACCAUGGCCAGUGAAGUCAAAGCAUUUCAUUGACUUAUAAGCCAUACCCUGCACUUUCUCGUGAUCUUCCUUUAGUCCGAAGUUUUUCCUAUAAAUGCCCAUCAUUCGAUGAUCUCUUUAUUGACAACCGGUAGACUGGUCGGAUUUUGCAGCUUUCAUUUGGUUUGCCCUUAGGGAGAGAAGGACAUUGAUGAGACAAGUAGAGAAUCAAGAACACUUUGAUCCCGCAUACAUGUCUUCUGCAGCUUGGGUCAGCUCCCGGUCAUGUUCGACCUCCGUGAUCGAUGAUGGUUCGUCUUCGUCGUUGAUCCUCCAAUGGCUCAAGUUCAUCUUCCUCUCUCCAUGUCCUCAGAGAGCUCUUCUCUCCUCCAUCAACACCCUAUUCAUCCUGGCACUCCUUGUCUUCGCCCUUCAGAAGCUCUUCUCCAGACUCACCUCCAGUGGCGGCCCGAGCUUCGACAUUAGCAAGCCCCUCAUCAGGAGCCAUGGAACAUCUCCCACCAGAAGGACGACGAGAACCUCAGUUUGGUUCAAGCUGUCCUUGGUCGUAAGCGUCCUAUUGGCGUUUUCCUACACAGUUGUCUGCAUUUGGUCGUUCAGCAGGAAUGUCGAGCAUCCGUGGAAGCUCGUGAACGCGUUCUUCUGGUUAGUCCAAGCCCUGACUCAGGCUCUGAUCGCUGUCCUAAUCAUCCAUGAGAAGCGGUUUGAGGCAAAGACCCACCCGCUCUCUCUGCGGGCCUACUGGGUUGCAGAUUCUGUCGUCAUUGCCCUGUUCACGAUUUCUGCGAUAAUCAGAUUGGCAACACUCGGAGAAGCCUGGAACGAGUAUCUCAUAUUGGAUGAUAUAGUUUCGAUAGCAUCUCUUCCAUUGUCGUUGGUCCUUCUGAUUGUUGCCAUCAGAGGGUCCACCGGAAUUUCCGUGACAGUUGAUGAAUCUGAAAAUGGGUUCGGAGAAGAGUACGAACCCCUUCUGGAGAAAUCCAAUGUGACUGCCUUCGCUUCGGCUUCGGUGCUUUCCAAGGCCUUUUGGCUGUGGAUGAAUCCUCUGCUCAGCAAGGGCUACAAGUCCCCCCUCAAGAUCGAAGAAAUUCCAUCCCUUUCCCCUGAGCACCGUGCCGAGAGGAUGUCGGAGCUUUUCGAGUUGAACUGGCCAAAGCCUGAGGAGGGAUCGGCCCACCCUGUCCAGACCACUCUCGUUCGGUGCUUCUGGAGAGAGAUCUCCUUCACCGCAUUCCUUGCAAUUGUGCGGCUGUGUGUUAUGUACGUGGGACCGGUCCUCAUCCAGGGCUUUGUGGACUUCACGGCAGGCAAAGGGAGCUCGCCUUAUGAGGGUUAUUACCUCGUCUUGAUCCUCCUUGUUGCAAAGUUCGUGGAAGUUCUGACAACCCACCAGUUCAACUUCAAUUCCCAGAAGCUCGGGAUGCUCAUAAGGUCGACUCUGAUUACUUCGCUUUACAAAAAGGGGUUAAGGCUGUCCUGUUCUGCUCGACAAGCCCAUGGGGUUGGGCAGAUUGUGAAUUAUAUGGCUGUUGAUGCCCAGCAGCUCUCAGAUAUGAUGCUCCAGCUCCACGCGAUUUGGCUAAUGCCGCUGCAGGUGGGUGUUGCUCUAGUUCUCCUCUACAACUACCUUGGUGGAGCGGUUUUUGCAGCGGUGGUUGGGAUCAUCGGGGUUCUUGUGUUUGUGGUGUUUGGGACCAAGAGGAACAACCGGUUCCAGCGCAACGUGAUGAUGAACCGAGACUCUAGGAUGAAGGCCACAAAUGAGAUGCUCAACUACAUGAGGGUGAUCAAAUUCCAAGCCUGGGAGGAGCAUUUCAACAAGAGGAUCCUGAGUUUCAGAGAUUCAGAAUUUAGCUGGCUCAGCAAGUUCCUGUACUCGAUCUCGGGUAACAUCAUCGUGAUGUGGAGCACUCCACUAUUGAUCUCGACCCUCACUUUCGCGGUGGCAAUAUGGUUGGGGGUCCCACUUGAUGCAGGGACGGUGUUUACGACCACAACGAUCUUCAAGAUCUUGCAGGAGCCCAUCAGGACUUUCCCCCAGUCGAUGAUUUCAUUGUCCCAGGCAAUGAUCUCCCUUGGGAGGCUUGAUCACUUUAUGAAGAGUAGGGAACUGGCGGAGGAUUCGGUGGAGAGAGUGCAUGGUUGCGAUGGAGGGUUUGCUGUGGAAGUUAAGGACGGAGCAUUUAGGUGGGACGACGAGGAUGGAGAUCCUGUUCUCAAGGACAUUAACUUGGAGAUCAAGAAAGGCCAGCUGACUGCUAUUGUUGGUACUGUUGGAUCGGGAAAGUCCUCUCUCCUUACCUCGAUUCUCGGGGAGAUGCACAAGACCUCGGGAAAGCAGGUUCGGGUUUGUGGGACCACGGCCUAUGUGGCUCAAACUUCAUGGAUUCAGAAUGGGACGAUUCAGGACAACAUCCUGUUUGGCUUGCCGAUGAUUGGGGAGAAAUACAGGGAAGUUGUACGGGUCUGCUGCCUAGACAAAGAUCUCGAGAUGAUGGAGUUUGGAGAUCAGACAGAGAUUGGUGAGCGCGGCAUCAACCUCAGUGGAGGCCAGAAACAGAGGAUCCAGCUCGCCCGAGCAGUCUAUCAGGACUCUGAUACUUAUUUUCUUGAUGAUGUUUUUAGUGCUGUGGACGCUCAUACAGGUUCCGAGAUUUAUAAGGAAUGUGUGAGAGGAGCUCUGAAGAACAAGACCAUUUUACUUGUCACCCACCAAGUCGAUUUCUUGCACAACGUCGAUCUCAUACUAGUAAUGCGAGAUGGGAAGAUUGUGCAAUCCGGGAAAUAUGAUGAACUACAAGACAUUGGGAUGGACUUCAGGGCUCUCGUGGAUGCCCAUGAAACAUCCAUGGAACUCGUUGAAGCAGGAAAAAACAUAAGCAGUGACAACUCCCCGUCACCAAGACCACAGCGGCCUCUGGAAAAUGAACAGGAACCUAAUGGUGAGAGCAAGUCCUCGGACUCAAAAAACUCUGAGAUGGGAAGCUCGAAGCUCAUCAAGGAUGAGGAAAGAGAGACUGGAAAAGUCAGCCUUCAUGUUUACAGGUUAUAUUGCACCGAAGCAUUCGGGUGGUGGGGUGUAGUCUUGGUUCUAUUACUAUCUCUGUUAUGGCAAGGCUCUUUAAUGGCGGGCGACUAUUGGCUUGCCUACGAGACAGCUGCCGAUCGAGCUGCAUCGUUUGAUUCCUCGCUGUUCAUUAGUGUGUAUGCAAUAAUCGCCAUGGUCUCAUGCUUGAUAAUUUUUAUGCGGGCAUUCUCGGUCACUAUCUUGGGCCUCAAGACAGCACAGAUAUUCUUCAGGCAGAUCCUCCACAGCAUCCUUCAUGCUCCCAUGUCUUUCUUCGACACCACCCCUUCAGGAAGGAUUCUAAGCCGGGCAUCAACUGAUCAGACGAACAUCGAUGUUUUCAUUCCAUUCCUAAUGGGGAUGGCUGUUGCUAUGUAUAUUACUGUCCUCAGCAUUUUCAUCAUCACGUGCCAAUAUGCUUGGCCAACUGUGUUCUUGAUAAUUCCCCUUGGUUGGCUCAACUUUUGGUAUCGGGGAUACUAUCUUUCUUCGUCUCGUGAACUGACCCGCCUUGACUCAAUCACAAAAGCGCCAGUGAUCCAUCACUUCUCGGAAAGCAUUGCUGGAGUCAUGACAAUCCGCUCCUUCCAGAAGCAAGGCAGGUUCCUUCAAGAGAAUGUGGCCCGCGUAAACGGGAAUCUACGGAUGGACUUCCACAACAACGGGUCCAACGAGUGGUUGGGUUUCCGUCUGGAACUAAUUGGGAGCUUCAUUCUCUGCGUCUCUGCCUUUUUCAUGAUCUUGUUGCCAAGCAGCAUUAUAAAGCCAGAGAAUGUCGGUCUGUCUCUCUCGUACGGGUUGUCCCUCAAUGCUGUGCUGUUCUGGGCCAUCUACAUGAGUUGCUUUGUGGAAAACCGGAUGGUCUCGGUGGAGAGGAUAAAGCAAUUCACAAACAUUCCAUCCGAAGCAGCAUGGCAAAUCAAAGACCUUGUUCCUCCUCCAAACUGGCCUUCUCAAGGCAACAUGGAACUCAAAGACUUGCAGGUUAGAUAUCGUCCUAACACGCCUUUGGUUCUCAAGGGCAUCACACUCAGGAUUCAUGGGGGGGAAAAGAUCGGAGUUGUUGGGCGAACAGGAAGUGGGAAGUCGACUUUGAUUCAGGUGUUCUUUAGGCUUGUAGAACCUUCAGGAGGGAAAAUUAUCAUAGAUGGAAUAGAUAUCACCAUGCUCGGGCUUCAUGAUCUUCGGUCCCGUUUUGGGAUCAUUCCCCAGGAACCUGUCCUGUUUGAAGGGACAGUGAGAAGCAAUGUUGACCCAAUUGGUCAGUACACAGAUGAAGAGAUAUGGAAGAGCCUCGAGCGAUGCCAACUUAAGGAUGUGGUGGCUUCUAAACCUGAGAAAUUAGAUUCUUCAGUGGUCGAUAACGGAGACAAUUGGAGUGUUGGGCAAAGGCAGCUCCUGUGCUUAGGGAGGGUAAUGCUAAAGCGGAGCCGGCUCUUGUUUCUGGAUGAAGCGACAGCAUCCGUUGAUUCCCAGACUGAUGCUGUGAUCCAACGGAUCAUACGAGAGGACUUUGCUUCGUGCACAAUCAUCAGCAUCGCCCACAGAAUCCCCACUGUCAUGGACUGUGACCGAGUCCUCGUCAUCGAUGCGGGAAAUGCGAGAGAAUUCGACAGGCCAUCUGCAUUGCUAGAGAGGAGAUCCCUCUUCGGGGCAUUAGUCCAGGAGUACGCAAACCGCUCGUCAGGAAUAUAACAUGCCACUGAUUCUCUGCUGCUUUAUGCAUACAUGUCUUGCUAUUGCUGCUGACAAGAUCCAUUGGAAUUUGUCAAAUUAGCUUAUAUACCUGAUGAAUACAGAACAUGCUCGUGAUCGAGGUGUUCUAUGUGACCAUGUAUCAGUUAGUGAUUUAAGUUAGUAGCAUUUAUGUGUACCAUCCCUCAGGAAGUCUAAAGCAACUCUCGCAAGUAGAAAGCUCCCAUAGUUGAGAACAGAAGCUCCAAAGUUUGUCAUAGUUGGUGAUUAUUAUAAUGCCAUUUUAACGCUGUUCUGCGAAUCAAAUCAAACUGUCCAGAAAAGCUUUAUUGA